AAUUAGUGACCAGUGAUUGUACGUGGCCUACUUCGUCCACAGCACUGAUAAGUUUAUGUGGCGUUAAUCUGUCUGCCAGAGUCGAGUGUGUUCUGUGUCGGUGAAGAUGAAGACAGUUUUCCCUGUGGUUUUGCUGACUGCUCUGGUCACUAUCCAAGGACAAGUUCCGGCUCUCUGGCGUUGUCCAGGUGUACCCGUGCAGGACAACUUUACUCUGAGCGAGUACCUGGGAACGUGGUAUGAGUACGAACGAUUCUUCACGAUCUACGAGAUCGGGGCGGAGUGUGCUCAGGCAAACUACUCCAUGAAGGCUGACGGACACGUGAAGGUGUUGAACUCAGGACGCGGCAGAUCCAUUGAAGGCGAUGCAUACGCCCCCGACCCCUCUGUGCCAGCCAAGCUGCUUGUGAAGUUCUUCUGGUGGCAGCGUCCCGGCAACUACUGGGUGGUAGAGACCGACUACUCCAACUACAGCGUCGUCUACUCCUGCACCGAUCUGUACUUCAUGCACUUUGAUACUGCGUGGCUGCUGACCAGAACCCGUGACGGAAUACCCGACGACUUGAAAUACCCCAUCUACAGUCGCCUGUCGUCAUACGGCAUCAACACCAGGAACUUCAAGAAAACCAAACAAAGCGGAUGUUAGACUGUCUGUUUUACCCAUUAAACACUAGUUCCUCUUGACAUGACCAUCAUCAAACUACCCUGGGUACCCAAGCUGGGUACCAUUCCCAACAGGCACAAUACAGCUGCCUGGGGAUUCCGACACAGGCUAGACAUUAAAUACAAAAACUUGAAGUGUUUCUGAUGUAAGUGAUCUGUUACCUGUUCGUACUGUAUCAAGAUGAAAUGUAUGAGAAGAAAUAAAACACUUUCUGAUGGAACUACUUUC